AUGUACACAGUAGUGUGCAGCGGUCGGAUGCAGAAAUCUGAACCGCAGAAGGCGGGAAUGGAUGACGCGUUUCAAAUGCUACUCAACGGCGGGUCGGCGAGCCACCCCAGAACUACACGCAAGGAAAAGUCUCCUGCGCCAACAAAGCCCGAGCAAGAUAAUCAUGAGGGACAGCUGCCUGACAGUGAAGCUGCAGCAGAUUCAGCAGAAAAUAGCGAUACUGUUGCUGAGGAACCCCCAAAGGAAAAGGAUGUUGGUGAAAUUGGAAUGCAUGGCAGCCUGGAACAACUGCUAAAACAGUCUGCGAAAGCCGCCCCACGUACACACAAGACGGAACCUGAGGCACCAAAGGAUCCUUUGGCGAGUCUAUUGUCGCCGCCAAAGACCUCAGAAAAUGCAGACGAUGAGGUGAAGACGCAACACACUGAUCAAGCAGUACGGCCUCAUGAUGCUAAGCGUCCCCAACCCAAAGAACCUGAAAUUGAGAAUGAAGAUGAUUUUUUCGAUGUGUCGGAUGAUGGUAACGAAGAUGAAGAUGUAAAGGAGGAUCAAUUGAUGACGAAUGAGGAUGCCGAAGGAAAGGGUGAAGAGGCUAAGAAUGAGAACUCAACGGAUGACUCACUGGAAGAUUUGGCUGACAAGAACGACGAUGCCGACGGAAUAGAUGAUGCAGAAUUAGGUGACCUUUCCACUGGUGCCAAGGAAGAAAGUGUCCCCUCUGAAGCUGAUGAGCAAAAACUUCCAGGAGAGGAAACAGAGAGUGUCAUCAAACCCCUUGAUCUCAAACAUGAGGCGAACAAGGAAACGCAGGAAGCCGACGGUGCCGAUGUAUCCGAAGGAGAAAGUGAACCUACGGCUAAUGCUGAAGGUAAAAAGGGAUUGAACGAUUUCACACUCGACGAUCUUAUUGCCAACAUGCCGAAGGUCAAAAAAAUGCCAAAACGAAUGAAGAGAUUGCUGAGCAGUGACUCCAACAGAAAUAAGGCCAAGGACUCGCCGAUUGGGGAAAUAAAGGAAGUUAACCACGAAUCAAGCACCAACGAUGAUCUUGAUAAUCUUGAUUUGGAGUCGCCUGAAGACAACGAAGCCAAUACAGAUGACAACAUCCUGUCUUCCACAGCCGAUGGAGAUAACUCAGACUCGUUGUCGAUGAAUGUGGACACCGAUGAAGAGCCCACUGCCGUGGACGAAUUGUCGAGCCAGUCUGAUGAAGACUUCCUGAGUAGGAUACAGCCGGAGUUUAACCACGUCAGCGAGGAAAGCAGAAAGACCAAGAAGAAGGCAAUCAAACGAACAAAUAGAACGCAGUUCAAACUGGAUAGUGAAGUUGAGGAUGACGGGAAGAUGAAUGCUGGGCUUGCUGCGGCCAUAAGGUAUCUCGGGUCCGGUUACGACAUUGUGUUCGGGAACCCUCUGGGAGACCCGGUUAUUAUGGUCGAUCCUGGUUACAGAGAUCCAGUGCUCAAAUUGGACUGGAGUGAAGAGUACCACAACCACGAUGGAGCAAACCUCAAGGAACCCCGCGGCAGCUGGAUCAGGCCAGAACUGUCCUGCAGACAAGCAGAGACAGUUGACCACGUCAACACGAUAGAGGACUACAAAAAGGAACUUUCGGUGGACGCCAAGAUAUCCGCCGAUAUUCCCUUCUACUUCGGUUUCAGUGCCUCAGGGGGAUACAAGACGUUUGUCAAAACACUGUCGACAAACACAACCAAGAAUUACAUCCUCAAAACUUACUGCCUUAAAUACGUCGCGGGGAUCCAGGAUUUCAAGAGCACACAGCCGAUGCCUUCAUUCAAGAACGAUGUCGACGCCUUGCCAGCAACGUUCAAUUCAGAAUCCUGCAACAUGGAAGUAUACCGAAAUGACGAGGACGACAAGAGAUGCGUUGACUCGGUCCGCCCGUGGAUCAAGUUCUUCCAGAAGUACGGAACACACUACACAACCGUAAUUCACCUCGGUGGAAAAGUCACCAACCAAAUCCAAAUGAAGAAAACCGAUGUCGCUGCUAUCCAGAAACAUGGAUACAACAUCGACACCUACAUCAAAGCAAACUCGGGAAUACCCUUCCUCAAUCUUGGGGAGGCCUCGUUCAACUCUAGCGGUGACAUGCAGACGCAGAGCACGAAAAACAGCUACAACACCGAAAGGUCGAUCAUCGUUAUAGGAGGUGACGUGCCCACGGAUGGUACCGACAAGGUCAGCAUGCAGGAAUGGACAAGGAGCCUCUACAGGAAGCCGAUGCCGAUCAAGGUCAAUCUGGACAGCCUCAAAACACUUAUUGAGGAUAAGGAAAAGAAGGGUAUAUACGACGUUGCACUGAAGUACUACUCGGAAUUGUACGGUAUCUCCCCUGAUGAAAUAUACGCGGCGAACGGUGUCCAAAAUGGCAUAGCAACGAUGGCGAUGGGAGGCCAGGUUGUUACGUACGAAGGGUACACUGCAGGCAGUGCGGUGUGUCCUGACAACAAUGUGAUCAUGAUGGGUUUCGCCCUCACCGUUACCCGCAAAAGGAAACUUGUAUUCAACGACUCCUAUUUCGUCACAUCUAUCGCACCGUGUCCGGUAGGAAAGGAGAAGUGCGUUGCAUCAGGGCCCGGCCCAGAUUCAGAAGUCAGGGUGUGGAUUCUCUGUGGAAAGGAACCCAUUCCGUUACUCAUACAGGAAACCGCCGUCUCUUCAAACUCAGCGGCGGUUGCAUCAUGUCCAGCUGAUUACACUAUCGCAUUCGGCUUCGGCAUAUCCCUGCCCAAAGGCAUGAGGAUCAGCCAUACGGACAGCUAUGCCUGCAGAUCCGGCCAGAGCUCCUGCACCCACACCUCCAGCAACAAGUCCCACAAUGCAGUCUGGAUCGCUUGUGUCGAGAAGAACGCGCCUGAAUUGGGCAACAUCACCAGCCACGCAGUGGUUUCCGCGACCUCCAGUUGCCCCACGCAGUCCCAUACAACAUAUGUGGACAACAAAUGCCCACCCAACUCCAAACUCAUCACUUCGUGGAAGAUGAACGUCACCAAAAAGGAAGACAGGCAAGAACAGCUUUUGGACUCCUGCUCCAAGGAGUGGAACGGAUGCAAGGUCGACAAUCACUUCAAGCGGUCUGAGGACACAUGCAAGGCACAAUACUCGUGGAUAGCCUGCUACACCCCUCCACAGUUUCUGAAAGACAAAGCGUAG